GAACUAGCACACUCUCUCCAAUACAGAUGUUUAUCAACGGCUCCUUUUAGUCCAGUUAUUGUCUACCUCCAUCCCAUCUCUGUUACUGCAAUCCUAGAAUCAGAGAUUACCGGGUUUGUCAGGUGCCCGUUGGGAUGAGCACAGUUCAAGGGAAGUAACGGACAUCUGAGAACACCCACACUCCAAGCUGUUACCUUUAAGCUCGGCGCAAACACUCCCUUUCCAGGCUGGGGGCUCGUGGGCCUUCCCAGAAUGCAUCGCUGCACAGCCUGCCUCGCACGCCGAUUUGAAGCCGCUUCUUCUCAAGGCACUGGGAGAGGUGAGAAGAGCGAAGGGAUAUGCGCAGAAUGUUUCAGACGUUUAGAAAAUGGUUCUGGUCGGAGAGAUACUGGCUUCCUCCAACAAUAAAGUGGUCAGACCUGGAAGAUCAUGAUGGGCUUGUCUUCGUGAAAGCUUCCCACUUAUACAUCACAAUUCCAUAUGCCUUUCUUUUAAUGGUCGUCAGAUACUUCUUUGAAAAGUUUGUUGCUACACCUCUAGCAAAUGCACUUGGCAUUAAAAAGACACAGCACAAAAUUAAACCAAAUGCCAUCUUAGAGAAUUUUUUCAAGCAUUCCACAAGCAAACCAUCACAUACUGAUAUUUAUGGACUGGCAAAGAAGUGUAACUUGACAGAGCGCCAGGUUGAAAGAUGGCUUAGGAUUCGGCAGAAGCAAAACAAGCCUUGCAGGCUGCAGAAAUUCCAGGAGUCUUGCUGGCGAUUUACAUUUUACUUGCUGAUAACCAUGGCUGGAGCUGUAUUUCUGUAUGACAAACCAUGGGCAUAUGACCUCUGGGAGGUUUGGAAUGACUAUCCCAGACAGCCUUUGCUGCCGUCCCAGUACUGGUACUACAUUUUGGAGAUGAGUUUUUAUUGGUCACUGGUGUUUAGCCUGAGCACUGAUAUCAAGAGGAAGGACUUCCUCGCUCAUGUCAUCCACCACCUGGCUGCUAUUAGUCUGAUGAGCUUCUCCUGGUGUGCUAAUUACAUUCGCAGUGGGACCCUCGUGAUGUUUAUUCAUGAUAUAUCUGACAUUUGGCUAGAGUCUGCUAAGAUGUUUUCCUAUGCUGGAUGGAAGCAGACGUGUAACACCCUGUUCUUCAUCUUCACCGUCGUCUUCUUCAUUAGCCGAUUCAUUAUUUUUCCAUUCUGGAUUCUGUACUGCACUCUGAUCCUGCCUUUGCACUAUCUCGAGCCCUUCUUCUCCUACAUCUUCCUCAACCUCCAACUCAUGAUCCUUCAGGGCCUCCACGUUUACUGGGGUUACUUUAUCCUGAAGAUGCUCAACAGAUGCAUAUUCACGCAGAACGUCCAGGAUGUGAGGAGUGACAACGAAGAGGAAGAGGAAGAGGAGGAGGAAGAGGAAGCAGAGAGCACCAAGGGCAAAGAGACAGAGUAUUUGAAGAAUGGCCUUGGGACCAACAGGCAUCUCAUUGCCAAUGGUCAGCAUGGCCGUUAGCUUGAAGCACAAUGUGGCGCCAGGACACUGGGAGGCCGGAACUGCUCCUCUAUCCACUGCUGUGGACCCACAGAGACCCCAUUUUGCCUUUUAUUUUAUUUUAUUUUAUUUUAUUUUAUUGAGAUGGAGUCUCCUAUGUUGCUCAAGGUGGCCCCCAACUCAGUCACCCUGACUGUGAUAAAAUGUUAAGAAGUGGAAUACCCGUGGAUUGGUCAGCAGUUAAGUCAGGCUGGUCAGAGUUCAGAGAUUUCUCCAGGCAGGGUCAGUUCGUCAGUUGUUGUUGUGUUUCCCCCCUUCCAGAAUUUGAAGCACUUGACUUUCUCAGGAACUCGUUUUCUCUGAACUUUUUUUUUUUUUUUUUAAAACUUACCACCUUGUACAUGCUCCAUGGUUUGACAAAUGUCCAGGUUACCCACUUUCUCCUGGUGGUUGGCCACAGUAGCACCUCAUCUUCCAAAAGUGUGUUUGCAGUGGCAAGAGAGCAGUUAGAGCCAAAGGAGAGGGCAGGCUGCCAGGGCUCCUGAGCCACCCUGGGCAGCCGAGGUGCUUCUCUGCACAGGGCCUCUGAAGGCAUCUGCUCUACUACCUCACAGAGUUAGAGUAAGGACUGGGUGAGUUGACAGGAGUGCUCGUGUCCCCUGCAGGUGUUAGCGACCCCUCACUGCACUAGAAUUCCAGCUUUGACAAAAGAGACAACCCUGGCUGAACUUUGUGUGAGAAGCUCCAUCUUAAAAAUGGCUCUUAAUGUGUAAGAUACCCGGAGGUACAAAGGCCCAGAAGUUUGUUUCUGUUUGUGACUAUGUUGUUUCCAGGGAUAAUUCUCAGAUGAGCCCAGAGCCUUCCUGGCAGGGUCCUGGCGUAGAGGGACGUGAGUUUCGGUGUCAAGCUGCCCUGUGCUGUCAGCCCCGAUCCCCAUCCUCAGGCUCACAGAGAUGCCAUGGGCUGAGACGGUCACUCGGGAGCCACUGAGGAGCGUGGGGGGGUCCCGGAGAGGUUGCUCACUGAGCCAUAUUACCCAGGAAGCCAGCCCCAGGGUGGCAUGCCUGGGAGCUUCAAAUUCUGAAGGAACUCUUAGAAGCGGAAAGAGGAAGCCAUGCUGUGGUCUCAGGAUCUAACACAUUCUGACCACUGCGCAGUGAAGAACCCAGAAGGCCGCCAGGCACCCUAAGUCACAAAGGUCCUGUGCGCACUAAAUGGUCUGAGAGUUUCAGUUUUUAAUUUUUAAAAUUGCGUGUUUUUAAAACCUUCAGGCUAAGCAAAUACGAGCAAACAAACAAAAACUCUUCAGAAUUCUGUUCCCAACAAAGUAUCUUGUUAAAGAAUUGUAGGAAAAACAGAAAAAAAACAAGCCUUAAAUUAAUAUUUGUUUUUAUGAGCACAGUACCAUGUGCGUUAUAUCUGUAAUGUGAUCUCAUAUUUAAAAUGUCUCUACUUACUCUAGGGCAUAGUUGUUGAGUUUAUUGUUCUUACUUUGGUAAAAGGUCUCACUAAAAUUCUUUUAUGUGUCUAGUUAACGAAGUAUUUCCCCUUGAUUUAUUUUGGUUCUCUUUGACUACAGAACAUUUUCUUGCUUACAGUGAAACAUUGUUUAUUGCUAUACUGUCCAACUUCUUUUUCUGCUUUGACGGCAGAAGGUAAAACUGAUAUGCUCUCAAAAUCUAAGCUCUCAAACAGCUGAAGCACUUACACUGCAGAAGAGGAAGAGGUAUACUUUGUGGCAGCAUUGGAGGCUGCUGUGACUAGGGAAGGUAACCCCAUUUCCUAUAGCAAACAAGGGUUCAGUACCAUGCGAGGUGACUUUGUAAAGUUCUAAGCCAUACUGACUUUCAAUAAAACAAAAGGGAAUCCCA